AUGCCACCAUGCAAGAUGGUGCGUCAGGAACAACAUCUAGCAAACAUGAGUUCCCGAUAUUCGACGAACGGAGCACAUCAGCGGGAGCUCAGAACACAGUUGUUCUCGCAGCCGACAAAUAGAAACACGGGGAGUCCGCCGUUGCGGUCGGGACUGCCUUAUGACAAAACAGUUUCAAACUCUGCCAAAUAUAAUGAGUCGAUGAUGCUGACGUUGGAAUCUCAAAACGACGACGAGUUGGGAUCAAUGUCACAAAAAGUGGCUGCCCUUCGCAACUUGGGGGUGCGGAUGGGUUCGGAGAUCAACAAGGGAAUUGCGUUGAAUGACGAUAUAACCAAUUCGAUGGAGAAGGGUAAGGUGACGUUGAAAAACACGUUUAAUCAAAUGAUUGUGAUGAGCCAACGAGCAGGAAUAAGUUGGCGGGUGUGGUUGUUGUUCUUCGCGUUGGUCUUCUUGUGGUUUUUCUAUGUUUGGAUCUUCUAG